UGGUCCUCCGUGUUAGAGGUGCUUAGUAUUGUUGAUGAAGAUGGACGUGGACCAUCUCAAGCGGCGGGUUUGAUAGAAAAAAUGGAGAGCUUUAAAUUUGCUUUCAUUUUGAAGCUUAUGUUAAAGUUGUUUGGUAUCACUAAUGAACUUUCAAAAAUCUUGCAAACAAAAGAUCUUAAUAUUGUGCUUGCUAUGGAAUUAGUUGAUGAUGUUAAAGCUCGAUUGGCUAUAUUGAGAGAGAGUGGUUGGAAUGAUUUAUUUAGUGAUGUCCAAGAAUUUUGUUUUACUCAAAGUAUUCCGGUGCCAAAUAUGGAUGAAGAAAUACCGGUCCGCGGACGUUCAAGAAGAGAAGGGAGGACUGUCACUAAUCUUCACCAUUACCGCGCAGAGAUUUUUUAUGUUGCUAUUGAUAAAAUAUGUGUGGAGAUGGAUCACCGGUUUUGUGAAGGAAGUAACUUUGUGCUGGAUUGCUUCUCAUGUCUUGACCCCAAGAACUCUUUUUCCAAGUUUGAUGUUGAUAAGCUUUCUCGUCUUGCUAAUAUUUAUCAUGCAGACUUUUCUGAUGAUGACCGUGGAACAAUAAGGGAGCAACUUGAGACUUAUGUACAUCAAGUGAAAAGGCAUGCUUCUUUUACUUCUUGUGAAGAUGUUCAAAGUUUGGCUAUGAAGAUGGUUCAAACUGAGAAACAUUUGGUAUUUCCAUUGGUUUACAAGCUCAUUGAGUUGGCUUUGAUAUUGCCGGUGUCGACAGCAUCUGUUGAAAGAGCUUUUUCAGCAAUGAAGAUUAUCAAGUCUAAUUUGCGCAACAAGAUCAACGAUGUGUGGUUCAAUGACUUGAUGAUAUGUUACACGGAGCGAGAGAUAUUCAAGUCACUUAAAGAUGUUGAUAUUAUUCGAACAUUCACCGCAAAGAAGUCUCGGAGAGGGCAUUUACCUGUUAAUUUUAUUUAGCACACUAUUCGCAAGUGAGGUUUCA